UCACACACGGGGGAGAUGCCUUUUUCCUGUUCUGAGUGUGGGAAAUGUUUUUCAGUAAAGUCCACUCUUUCCAAACAUCAGAGAUCACACACGGGGGAGAAGCCUUUUUCCUGUCCUGAGUGCGGGAAAUGUUUUUCACAGAAGUCCUAUCUUUCCACACAUCAGAGAUCUCACACGGGGGAGAAGCCUUUUUCCUGUCCUGAGUGUGGGAAAUGUUUUUCACAGAAGUCCUAUCUUUCCACACAUCAGAGAAUACACACGGGGGAGUGGCCUUUUUCGUGUUCUGAGUGCGGAAAAUGUUUUUCAGAUAAGUCCCAUCUUUCCACACAUCAAAGAUCACACACGGGGGAGAAGCCUUUUUCCUGUCCUGAGUGUGGAAAAUGUUUUUCAGUGAAGUCCCGUCUUUCCACACAUCAAAGAUCACACACGGGGGAGAAGCCUUUUUCCUGUUCUGAGUGUGGAAAAUGUUUUUCAGAGAUGUCCCAUCUUUCCACACAUCAGAGAAUACACACGGGGGAGAAGCCUUUUUCCUGUCCUGAGUGCGGGAAAUGUUUUUCACAGAAGGCCAAACUUUCCAUACAUCAGAGAAUACACACGGGGGAGAAGCCUUUUUCCUGUUCUGAGUGCGGAAAAUGUUUUUCAGAUAAGUCCUAUCUUUCCACACAUCAGAGAUUUCACACGGGGGAGAAGCCUUUUUCCUGUUCUGAGUGUGGGAAAUGUUUUUCAGAUAAGUCCCGUCUUUCCACACAUCAGAGAAUACACACGGGGGAGAAGCCUUUUUCCUGUCCUGAGUGUGGAAAAUGUUUUUCAGAGAUGUCCCAUCUUUCCACACAUCAGAGAAUACACACGGGGGAGAAGCCUUUUUCCUGUCCUGAUUGCGGGAAAUGUUUUUCACAGAAGGCCAGUCUUUGCAGACAUCAGAGAUCUCACACGGGGGAGUGGCCUUUUUCCUGUUCUGAGUGCGGAAAAUGUUUUUCAGAUAAAUCCUGUCUUUCCACACAUCAGAGAUCUCACACGGGGGAGAAGACUUUUUCCUGUUCUGAGUGCGGAAAAUGUUUUUCACAGAAGUCCGAUCUUUCCACACAUCAGAGAUCUCACACGGGGGAGAAGCCUUUUUCCUGUUCUGAGUGUGGAAAAUGUUUUUCAGAGAAGUCCAAUCUUUCCAAACAUCAGAAAAUACACAGGGGGGAGAAGUCUUUUUCCUGUUCUGAGUGUGGGAAAUGUUUUUCAGUGAAGUCCCAUCUUUCCACACAUAAGAGAUCUCACACAGGGGAGAAGCCUUUUUCCUGUUCUGAGUGUGGAAAAUGUUUUUCAGAGAAGUCCAGUCUUUCCACACAUCAGAGAAUACACACGGGGGAGAAGCCUUUUUCCUGUUCUGUGUGCGGAAAAUGUUUUUUAAAGAAGGCCAGUCUUUCCAGACAUCAGAGAUCUCACACGGGGGAGAAGCCUUUUUCCUGUUCUGAGUGUGGGAAAUGUUUUUCAGUGAAGUCCCAUCUUUCCAGACAUCAGAGAAUACACACAGGGGAGAAGCCUUUUUCCUGUUCUGAGUGUGGGAAAUGUUUUAUACGGAAGUCCCAUCUUUCCAAACAUCAGAGAAUACACACGGGGGAGAAGCCUUUUUCCUGUCCUAAGUGCGGGAAAUGUUUUUCGCAGAAGGCCAAUUAUUCCAGACAUCAGAGAUCUCACACGGGGGCAAAGCCAUUUCCAUGUCCUGAGUGCGGAAAAUGUUUUUCAGUGAAGUCCAGUCUUUCCAAACAUCAGAGAUCUCACACGGGUGAGAAGCCUUUUUCCUGUUCUGAGUGUGGGAAAUGUUUUUCAGAGAAGUCCGAUCUUUCCAAACAUCAGAGAUCUCACACGGGUGAGAAGCCUUUUUCCUGUUCUAAGUGUGGGAAAUGUUUUUCAGAGAAGUCCAGUCUUAAGAGACAUCAGAAAUCUCACACAGGGGAGAAGCCGUAUUCCUGUUCUGAGUGUGGGAAAUGUUUUUUACAGAAGACCCAUCUUUCCACACAUCAGAGAUCUCACACGGGGGAGAAGCCUUUUUCCUGUUCUGAGUGUGGGAAAUGUUUUUCAGAGAAGUCCAGUCUUUCCAAACAUCAGAGAUCUCACACGGGUGAGAAGCCUUUUUCCUGUUCUGAGUGCGGGAAAUGUUUUUCAGAGAAGUCCAGUCUUUCCGCACAUCAGAGAUCUCACACGGGGGAGAAGCCUUUUUCCUGUUCUGAGUGUGGGAAAUGUUUUUUACAUAAGUCCGUUCUUUCCAAACAUCAGAGAUCUCACACAGGGGAGAAGCCUUUUUCCUGUUCUGAGUGCGGGAAGUGUUUUUCAGAGAAGUUCAAUCUUUACAGACAUCACAGAUCACACACGGGAGAGAAGCCAUUUUCCUGUCCUGAGUGCGGAAAAUGUUUUUCAGUGAAGUCCGAUCUUUCCACACAUCAGAGAUCUCACAUGGUGGUGAAGCCUUUUUCCUGUUCUGAGUGCGGGAAAUGUUUUGAAUAUAAGUCCAGUCUUUCCAAACAUCAGAGAUCUCACACGGGGGAGAAGCCUUUUUCCUGUUCUGAGUGUGGGAAAUGUUUUUCACGGAAGUACAAUCUUUCAACACAUCAGAGAUCUCACACGGGUGAGAAGCCUUUUUCCUGUUCUGAGUGCGGGAAAUGUUUUUCAGUGAAGUCCAGUCUUUCCAUACAUCAGAGAUCUCACAUGGUGGUGAAGCCUUUUUCCUGUUCUGAGUGCGGGAAAUGUUUUGAAUAUAAGACCAAUCUUUCCAUACAUCAGAGAUCUCACUCGGGGGAGAAGCCUUUUUCCUGUCCUGAGUGCGGGAAAUGUUUUUCAGAUAAGUCCCAUCUUUACAAACAUCAGAGAUCUCACACGGGGGAGAAGCCGUUUCCCUGUCCUGAGUGCGGAAAAUGUUUUUCUAAGAAGGUCAAUCUUUCCACACAUCAGAGAUCUCACACGGGGGAGAAGCCUUUUUCCUGUUCUGAGUGUGGAAAAUGUUUUUCAGAGAAGUCCACUCUUUCCAAACAUCAGAGAUCUCACACGGGGGAGAAGCCUUUUUCCUGUUCUGAGUGCGGAAAAUGUUUUUCAGAUAAGUCCCGUCUUUCCACACAUCAGAGAUCACACACGGGGGAGAUGCCUUUUUCCUGUUCUGAGUGUGGGAAAUGUUUUUCAGUAAAGUCCACUCUUUCCAAACAUCAGAGAUCUCACACGGGGGAGAAGCCUUUUUCCUGUCCUGAGUGUGGGAAAUGUUUUUCAGAGAAGUCCCAUCUUUACACACAUCAGAGAUCUCACACGGGGGAGAAGCCUUUUUCCUGUCCUGAGUGCGGGAAAUGUUUUUCACAGAAGUCCUAUCUUUCCACACAUCAGAGAUCUCACACGGGGGAGAAGCCUUUUUCCUGUCCUGAGUGUGGGAAAUGUUUUUCACAGAAGUCCUAUCUUUCCACACAUCAGAGAAUACACACGGGGGAGAAGCCUUUUUCCUGUUCUGAGUGUGGGAAAUGUUUUUCAGAUAAGUCCCGUCUUUCCACACAUCAGAGAAUACACACGGGGGCGAAGCCUUUUUCCUGUUCUGAGUGUGGAAAAUGUUUUUCAGAGAUGUCCCAUCUUUCCACACAUCAGAGAAUACACACGGGGGAGAAGCCUUUUUCCUGUCCUGAUUGCGGGAAAUGUUUUUCACAGAAGGCCAGUCUUUGCAGACAUCAGAGAUCUCACACGGGGGAGUGGCCUUUUUCCUGUUCUGAGUGCGGAAAAUGUUUUUCAGAUAAAUCCUGUCUUUCCACACAUCAGAGAUCACACACGGGGGAGAAGCCUUUUUCCUGUUCUGAGUGCGGAAAAUGUUUUUCACAGAAGUCCGAUCUUUCCACACAUCAGAGAUCACACACGGGGGAGAAGCCUUUUUCCUGUUCUGAGUGUGGAAAAUGUUUUUCAGAUAAGUCCAGUCUUUCCAAACAUCAGAAAAUACACAGGGGGGAGAAGCCUUUUUCCUGUUCUGAGUGUGGGAAAUGUUUUUCAGUGAAGUCCAAGCUUUCCACACAUAAGAGAUCUCACACGGGGGAGAAGCCUUUUUCCUGUUCUGAGUGUGGAAAAUGUUUUUCAGAGAAGUCCAGUCUUUCCACACAUCAGAGAAUACACACGGGGGAGAAGCCUUUUUCCUUUGAGAAGCUGUAUUUCUGUCCUGAGUGCGGUCAAAGUUUUUCAAUGAAGUCCAGUCUUUCCAUACAUCAGAGAUCUCACACGGGGGAGAUGCCUUUUUCCUGUUCUGAGUGCGGGAAAUGUUUUUUACGGAAGUCCCAUCUUUUCACACAUCAGAGAUCUCACACGGGGGAGAAGCCUUUUUCCUGUCCUGAGUGCGGAAAAUGUUUUUCACAGAAGUCCCAUCUUUCCACACAUCAGAGAUCACACACGGGGGAGAAGCCUUUUUCCUGUUCUGAGUGUGGGAAAUGUUUUUUACAGAAGUCCGAUCUUUCCACACAUCAGAGAUCUCAUACGGGGGAGAAGCCUUUUUCCUGUUCUGAGUGCGGAAAAUGUUUUUCACUGAAUUCAGAUCUUUCCAAACAUCAAAGAUCUCACACGGGGGAGAAGCCUUUUUCCUGUUCUGAGUGCGGAAAAUGUUUUUCAGUGAAGUCCAGUCUUUCGACACACCAGAGAUCUCACACGGGGGAGAAGCCUUUUUCCUGUUCUGAGUGUGGGAAAUGUUUUUCAGAGAAGUCCAAUCUUUCCACACAUCAGAGAUCUCAUACGGGGGAGAAGCCUUUUUCCUGUUCUGAGUGCGGAAAAUGUUUUUUACGGAAGUCCCAUCUUUCCAAACAUCAGAGAUCUCACACGGGGGAGAAGCCGUAUUCCUGUCCUGAGUGCGGGAAAUGUUUUUCAGUGGAGUCCAGUCUUUCCAGACAUCAGAGAUCUCACACGGGGGAGAAGCCUUUUUCCUGUCCUGAGUGCGGGAAAUGUUUUUCAGAGAAGUCCAGUCUUUCCAAACAUCAGAGAUCUCACACGGGGGAGAAGCCGUAUUCCUGUUCUGAGUGCGGGAAAUGUUUUUUACUGAAGUCCCAUCUUUCCAUACAUCAGAGAUCACACACAGGUGAGAAGCCGUAUUCCUGUCCUGAGUGUGGGAAAUGUUUUUCAGUGAAGUCCCAUCUUUCCACACAUCAGAGAUCUCACACGGGGGAGAAGCCUUUUUCCUGUCCUAAGUGCGGGAAAUGUUUUUCACAGAAGUCCCAUCUUUCCAUACAUCAGAGAUCUCACACAGGGGAGAAGCCGUAUUCCUGCAGCGAUUGCGGGAAAUGUUUCGAGAAGAGAUCGGAACUUAUCGUGCAUCAGAGACUGCACAGCGGAGAGAAGCCGUUCUGCUGUCCAGAGUGCGGGAAAUCUUACAGCCGGAAAACCGGGCUUGUUGCCCAUAUUAGAAGCCACACGGGCGAGCGUCCUUUUUCAUGUUCAGAGUGCGGGAAAAGUUUUGCACUGAAAACCCGUCUCUGCAAACACCAGAGAAGCCACACGGGCGAGCGACCUUUCUCCUGCUCGGAGUGCGGGAAAUCUUACAGGCGGAAGGACGAACUCGUCGUUCACAUGAGAAACCACACGGGCGAGCGGCCUUUUCCCUGUUCGGAGUGCGGGAAGUUUUACAGGCGGAAAGAGGACCUCGUGGUUCACAUGAGAAGCCACACGGGCGAGCGACCUUUUUCCUGCUCGGAGUGCGGGAAAAGCUUCUCACAGAAAUCGCAACUUCUCGUACACCAGAGAAACCACGCGGUCGAGCCUCCUCUUCCGUGAUAGGAGUGCGGGAAUUGUUUUCCCACCGAAAUCGCAACUUAUCCUACACCAGAUAAAAACCAUGAGGUCGAGCGUUCUUUUCCAGAGUGCGGGAAGUGUUUCCUUUACAAAAGAGAUCUUGUUUUUAUUCGGAGAAGUCAUAUGGGAGAGCAGCUUUUAGUGCGGGAAAAGUUUUUUUACUACUUUUUUUGGACACAAGAAAUGCCACAAAGGGUCAAAGUCGUCUUUUUCUUGUCCAUAGUGUGGAAAGUGUUUUUAUUGAUAAAUAGGACCUUGCUAGUCACCAGAGAAGUCAUUUUUUUUUCAAAGUGCGGGAAACUUUUUACUUAUAAAGGACACCAGUAAUACCACCGGGGGCAGAGUCUUCUCUUUCCUGUCCAUAGUGUGGAAAGUGCUUUAUGGAUAAAUGGGACCUUUUUUUUUUACCAGAAAAGCCACAUUAGGAGAGCAUUGGUUUUUUUUAUGCUUUUAGUGCGGGAAAUGUUUGAUUUAUAGAUAA